AUGACACUGGGGGAGCCGGGAGGGGCGGACGAGCCCGAGGGCUCCGCGCCGGGCAGGGCAGAGCCCGAGGGAGAGGCGGCGGCAGCGGCGGGGACAGAGCCCCGGGACGCGGCCGAGGGUCCGAAAGGGACAGAGCCCGAGGACGCGAUGGCGGCCCCGGCGGGGACGGAGCACGAAGAAGGGGCCCCGGUGGGGAAAGAGCCCGAGGACGCAGCCGUGGUUCCGAAGGGGACAGAGCCCGAGGACGUGGCGGUGGUCCCGGAGGGGGCAGAGCCCGAGGAGGCGGUGAGGGAGGAAGCCCCGACAGAGAAAGAGCCCGAGGAGGAGGCGACAGUCCCGGCAGAAGCAGAGGGGACAGCCCGGUUGGGGACAGAGCCCGCAGAGGUAGAGGGGACAGUCCCGUCGGGGAUAGAACCCGGAGAGGGAACAGCUCCGUCGGGAGCAGACUCCGGAGAGGCAGAGGGGACAGCCCGGUCAGGGACAGAGCCCCCAGAGGCAGAGGGGAUAGCCCAGUCGGGGACAGAACCCGCAGAGGGAACAGUCCCGUCGGGGACAGAGCCCGGGGAGGCAGAGGGGACAGUCCCGUCGGGAACAGAGCCCGGGCAGGCGCCAGGACAGGCGAUCCCAGAGGGGACAGAGCCCGAGGACUCGUCGGGGACAGGCCCCCAGGAUGAGGUGCAGGAGGCAGCCCCGACGGGCGCAGUCCCCGAGGAGGCUCUGGGGACGGUCCCCGAGGAUGUGCGGGAGGCAGCCCCGAGGGAGCCGGUCCCGCAGGAUGAGGGGCAGGAGGGAACCCCGGCUGGGACAGUCCCUGAGGAAGGGGCGGCCCCGGUGGGGACAGUCCCCGAGGGUGCGGGGCGGGAGGAAAGCCCGGCUGGGACAGAGCCCGAGGAUGCGCUGGGGACAGUCCCCGAGGCUGAGGGGCAGGAGGGAGUCCCUGCGGGGACAGUCCCUGAGGAUGCGGUCCGGGGGGAAGCCCCGUCGGGGAUAGACCCCGAGGAUGCGGUGCGGGAGGCGGCCCCGGCUGGGACAGGGCCCGAGGAGGUGCGGGAGGAAGCCUCGGCUGGGACAAUCCCUGAGGAUGCGGGGCAGGAGAAAACCCCAGUGGGGACAAUCUCUGAGGACGUGGGGCAGGAUGCGGCCCCGUCGGGGACAAUCCCUGAGGAUGCAGGGCAGGAGGAAAUCCCGGCAGGGACAAUCCCUGAGGAUGCGGGACAGGAGAAAACCCCAGUGGGGACAAUCUUUGAGGACGUGGGGCAGGAUGCGGCCCCCUCGGGGACUAUCCCUGAGGAUGCG